CGCAUCUGGGCUUUUGUCAUCGCUAUCGACGUCUAUCAGAAUCCGCAGAUCAAGAAUCUCCAUGGAUGUGUGAACGAUGGCGACGACGUGUAUGACUACCUCACGAACACCCUGAGGAUCCCUCGGAGCCAGAUCUCCUUUUGAAGAAUGAGAAAGCGACGCGUACAGGAAUCAUCGACACUUUCUUCUCGCGUCUCAUCGACAACCCAGCCAUCAAACUGGAUGACACCGUUAUCGUCUACUAUGCAGGCCAUGGCGAUCGUAGGAGCGCGCCUGUUAGUUGGAGCGCCGCUGGUGCUCUCGGUAUGGUCGAGUUGAUCUGCCCGCACGACGAGGGAAUGCCAGACGAGGGAGGGCGGCCCACGAUUGGCAUCCCGGACCGGACGUUCGGGGGCCUGAUGCGCCGGCUGGCUCACGAGAAAGGAGACAACGUUGUAGCCAUCUUCGACUGCUGCCAUUCAGGAGGGAUGCAUCGCAGCGGACCAGCGAGCGUGACGAGCGAGACGCGGCACCUCCCAACAGGAAGCCAGCUUCCCCGCCCUCCUAUCCCCGAGACACUCGAUCAAUACAUCUGGGCCUGGCAAGACCCGGACGCUGGCCGUGGCGCGGCAAUGGUCCCUGUUGCGCAACCUGAGACCGGAUUCUCAGAUCCAGAGGCGCGCUCGCAUGUCCUCCUCGCUGCCUGCCAGCCGCAUCAGACGGCGCAGGAGCAUACCAUUGACGGGAUGCCGCGCGGGGUGUUCACAUUCCACUUGCUCGCGUACAUGCGGAUGAAGCACGGGGAGGACCUCACGUACGCGCGUCUCGUAGACGCACUGCGGAAGCCCGACGGCGUCGAUCUACGUUGCCCGGGGACGCUGCAGUGGAUGGCGGGCCAAACUCCGCUGUGCAUUGGGCGGAACAAGCACCGACUGCUAUUCACGACGGACGAGGCGCGGGAGAUUGCAAGCACGUUCCCCAUCCGAUAUGACAAGGGGUUGCUCUACGUCGGAGCAGGCUACCGCAACAAGGUCCUCAAGGGCACGCGGUUCGUCGUGGAGGUUCCGCCGGAGCUGCAGAUUCGCCUCACAACACGACGCGUCGUACUUACGGCGGAAAGCGUCGGUGACGAGGAGUGCACGGUUGGGUAUGGCACGUCCGGUGACAGAGUAGCGCGGGAGCUUGGCAGAGCGCUCGACGGGAAAGAGGCUGUGGUCUCCGCGUCCAACUUGUGGCUGUGGGCAGGCGUCAACGAACGCGUGCCUUUUUUUUUUAAGGCGAGGCGGAAGGGGUGCGGUUGCGGCGUUCAGUUGUUCGUUGCUCCCAGUGUUCGCCCUGGCGGCCCUCACCACGUGCCGGCCCAGACUUUCCAGAACUGAUAUGUAAAAGGUAUUUUUGCUUUCAGGCAUGCAUCCAGUGGAUAUUCGGCGAGCACCUUUCCUCUCACUUUCCUUCGUAAAUACUGGUUAU